CAUCAAACAAUGCAGGUUAAAUAUACAAAUCUAUCAGCAGAAUAUAUACAUAUGUUGUGGCCAAUUUGGAAAAUUGGUCCGUUUAUAAAAUGGCCGGUCAAUUAUUGUUGGCCUCGCAGGUACACGAAGACUCAUGCCAUAUAGGAAUGGAUAUUAAAUGGGUUAUGAGAAGAACAUCCCUAGUCGAGACUCCCGGACAAAGUCCCACGAGACUUUUUUAAAAAAUCCGGCGGGAGUCUCAGUAAAAUCCCGAAAAGUCUAAACAAAAUUGAAAAAUGUCCCGCAAGAGUCCAGGCAGGAUUCAAAUCUCGACAAGAUCAGGUCAAGAUCGCAGCGUGAUCGCGACAGGAUAACAGCAACAUUGUAACUGAAUCUGUAACUUGAAUUAAAUUGUAAGAAAGUCUUGUAGUGAAAAUAACGAAAUGUUGUUUUAAAUAUUCAUAACUUUCGUUAAUUGAGUCUUUUAUUUACAUGACAAGUUUCAAUCAGUCAUUUAUUCUCCGAAAUCUAUUUUUCAUACAUACUGCUAAAAAUUUAAGAGCCAUCGCGGCUAUCAUGUUAAGAAUUUUAAUAAAAGUUUUAAUAAAAAUAAUAAGAAAUUAAAAAGAAAUCUUUUUAAUUUCUUAUUAUUUUUAUUAAAACUUUUAUUAAAAUUCUUAACAUGAUAGCCCAAUGGCUCUUAAAUUUUUAUUUUUAAUCUUGCCCAUAAACUCAAAAAACGUUAUACUUACUACUGGUUUCUAUUCUAUAACUGUUGAUUGUAAAUAAUAAAUUUUACGAAGACAAAGUAUAUAUUUUAUGAAAAAAACGAAAAUAUAAGUUAUCCGACUUCGUAUAUCAACAAAGACCCUAUUCUAAUUAAAUGUCUUUAGUUUGUUUCUUAAGAUAGUCAAGAAACCGGUUUCACUAUGUUUUAUCCGGUUUUCUCUUCGGGAACAUAGUGCAAUCAAGGUGAAUCAUUCACGUCAGACUCGCUUCGAGGUUGAGCUGAAAAUAAGUACACAGCAAUUUUAUUUGUACACACGCUCUAGCUUUCUCGAAUUCUUCUUUACUUGUCAUGGGAAUUAUGCUAACGGUCUUUUGAACUUUAGAAAAAUUUUGACUGAUAUUAUAUACCAUUAGAACUUUUUCCGAGGAGGAAACAGCGGAUUUUAAAGGUAGUCAUUAGCGGUGUUUUUGGUUCUUGGAGCAAUUUUGGCGUACCUUUGUAGUAAAGUAGAUGCCAAUUGAAUAACCACUGAGAAUUUCAAAAAAUUGACUUCGUGGCGACCUAGAUAGAUGUCUUUUAUUGUUUAAAACUAACCCGAAUCAUUUUGCUUGUAACGCAGGUGCAAAAUCCUGCACCGACUAAAUGCUAUCUUUUCGACUCCAAAGUUUUAAUAUCUCACCGAUAGACGAAUGAAUUAGGCUGAAACUUGGUAUUUUUACGUUUGGCACUCAUAGAAGUGACAAUUCCUAGCUUCGCUGCGAAGCCAGGCUUUUCAAGCCAUCCCACUUGGGUGCGAAGUUGGAUAAGCAGAUUUUGAUUAUUUGUAUAAUAAAUUAACAAAUAAUUGGAAAUCCAUUGAUGAAUUAGGACAAGGUUUAUUAAUGUGGAAAACAUUAUAUGAAUUAAGUACAUCAAAUGAAUUAAAAGAUAUAGCUAAAAAAAUAAUUAUUAUGAAAUCAACAACUUUAUUAAAUUAAGGUAAAUUAUUAUUAGAUGGUGAAUUAGAAAAACAAAAACAAUUAAUAAUAUCAAAUGGAAAUAUGAACAAUGCUGAUAUAUAUUUAAAACAAUUUAUUCAACAAGGUAAAAGUAAAUUAGAAAAUUUAACAACACGUCUUGUACGUGAAGCUAAUGAUGAAUAUGAUAAUAAUACACAGAAAUCAUAUUUUAUUGAUAUGAAAGAAAGAAUAAAUAAAAAUAUAGAACCAUCAAUACGUUGUAAUCAACAAUUAUUAGUACAACGAUUUGAAGAAGAUUCAUAUACAAUAGCACAAACAAAUGCAACAACACAUGUACAAAAACAAUUAUUAGAUAGUGCGAAACAAUAUUUUGAUAAAGAAACAAGAACAAAAACUAAUAUAAAUGAAUUAGAAAAUGCAUUAAAUAAAAAACAUGAUGAAUUAGCUAAAGAAUUUCGACAAAGUAUAAAUUCAUUCAAAAAAUCACAGAAUGAUGUUACACAAACAAUAUUAAAUAAUUAUAAUCGUUUAGUUGAAGGAAGACGUGGUACAGCAUUAAAAACAGAUAUAUAUAAUCGUUGUCCAACAUUAGACAUUGAUAAAUAUCAUACUUAUUGUCAUGGAUUAAAUAUAUUAUUUGAUAAGGAAGUCAAAUAUAGAAACAUAAUUAUAGUUAUAUUUGGUAGUCAUGUAUUUCGAUAUGAGUGUGUAGAAUUUAUACAGUCUUUAUGGGAACAUUCUGGUCCUGAGUGUAAACCUCAUUUAUGUUAG